AUGGCAAUGCCCCAGGGGAACGCCGUCUUCCCACGAAGCCAUGUCGGUUUUGACAGCAUCACCCAACAAAUCGAAAAGAAACUUCUCAAAAGAGGCUUUCAAUUCAAUGUCAUUUGCGUCGGUCAAACUGGCUUGGGCAAAUCAACCCUGAUCAACACCAUCUUCGCAUCCCACCUGAUCGACUCAAAAGGACGCCUGCGGCCUGAUGAACCUACCCGGUCAACCACUGAGAUACAGACCGUUUCACACAUUAUUGAGGAAAAUGGUGUGCGACUAAGAUUGAACAUUGUGGACACUCCUGGAUACGGCGACUUGGUCAACAAUGAUAGGUGCUGGGAUCCUAUCGUUAAAUAUAUCAAGGACCAACACUCUGCCUACCUCCGAAAAGAACUCACCGCCCAGCGAGAACGCUAUAUCCAAGACACUCGAAUUCACUGCUGUCUUUUCUUCAUUCAGCCAUCUGGACACGCCCUCAAACCUAUCGAUAUUGUCGUCCUCAAGAAACUUUCUGACGUCGUCAAUGUCGUCCCUGUCAUUGCAAAGGCCGACUCGCUGACCCUGGAAGAACGCCGUGCUUUCAAGGAGCGCAUCAAGGAGGAAUUUGCCUUCCACAAUCUGAAGAUGUACCCUUACGAUAACGAAGAGCUGGACGAUGAAGAGCGGGCUACAAACAGCACCAUCAAGGACAUUAUUCCAUUUGCAGUGGUUGGCAGCGAAAAGACUAUCAUUGUUAAUGGCAAGCAAGUCCGUGGCCGUCAAAACAAAUGGGGUGUCAUCAAUGUCGAGGAUGAAAACCACUGCGAAUUUGUCUACCUCAGGAAUUUCCUGACCCGAACACAUUUGCAGGAUCUGAUCGAAACCACCAGCCAGAUCCACUACGAGACAUUCCGAGCCAAGCAAUUGUUGGCCCUCAAGGAAAGCAGUGCAGCAAGCGGUAUGGCUGGAAGCAGGCCUAUCAGUCCAUCCGCAGACAGAGAAUUGAGCAGAGGCUCACAACGCAUGACCAUGAAUGGAUACUAG